AUGUUCUGCGAAAACUUUUCAACUGCUCUAAAAAGUACAGUUUGGCUUUGGAUAGUGCAUAGAAUAGAUGUAGAUGUAGAGAUAGAGAUUGUUAAGAUUUUACUAGAACAACUCCUGCUGAAUGUUAAUCCUAAAAAGCUGGAAGAUGUGCAAGAGUUUAAAUUUAUGAAUAAAUUACAAAUAUUUGUGCUUGUAUUAAAGAUACUAAAGAACUUUGUGUUCGGAUUAACGAUUGUAUUAGCAGCGAUGUAUAAAGGAGCUUGCUCCUGAUGUGAAUCAUUUAAAGCUUAAGUUUGGGUACAUGUACUCAAUGUAAAAGGAUAAUAACGCACAACAAACGGAUCAAAUUGUAUUUGAAUUACUUUAUAUUCUGAAACAAAUAUUGAUUGCGGAUUUGAUACAGGUUAGGAUGGAGCUUGUCACUCAGAUUCUUAGAUUGAUAAAUAGAACCAUAGUCUAAACAUUACUCUUUAUGGAUUAAUAUUGA